CGUCGAUCGCCUGUUCGUCUAUUCCCAACUACAACCACAUCACAACUACACUCGCUCACUACAUACCGCGACAAUUAUCUCUCUCUUGCUAUUUCGAGGAUCUCUGCUUCACCUCUUUGCCACGGUUGUUGUGUCUAACAUACUCGCUGCCAUUUCGACCACUCCACAUUUUCCUCCCAUCCAUCAUUCCGACCGUUGUAUGCUUCGCAAAACCCGUGGCUUAACUCCGGGUCGAGUGAAAGAAUUUACAGCACGAAAAUCUCGCCUCAAGAUCACAUUGCAGACCCACACAAGUGUCGCACGCUACCGAAUCGCAUCGGACGGACCACUCACAUUAUUCCGUCGGUCAGACCGACACAAAUAGCAUCGUCGUGAUCGUGCGACAAAUCCAAUCCUCCAUUAAAUUUCCAGCACCAGCCACACCAGCAGUAUGCCUAAGGCCAACCAGAAGCGCGGGAGGCGCAUGAAGAGAAAGCACAACGAUGACGAAGGCGCCGAAGGAGACGACCACCAACUACAACACGAAAAUGGCGAUGACCAAACUGCACAACCCGAACUACCAGAGCCCAGCACCAAACGUCGCCGACCGAGCCAUGAUGACGACAACGAGUACCCCUCCGCCUAUACCGGCGCCGACGAGUACUCCCACCAAGCGCAAGGCGGCCCUGGAACCGGCGAACCCGCUUUCUUUGGCAUGCUCGACGAAUCAGAACAGGAAUACUUCAAACAUGCGGACGAAUUGUUCGAGCUGGAUUCGUUCGCCUCAUCGGAGGAGAGAAAGACACUAUUGGAACAGGUGUAUCGUGAAGCGGAUGGGAAGGAACUCAAGAUUGCGCAGAGUCAAUCUUGCUCGCGGCUAUUGGAAAAAAUGAUUCGCAUGUCGACGGCCAAGCAGCUGAAGGGACUGUUUGGGAAAUUCAGUGGAAGUUUCAUGGCCCUCAUGACACAUCGAUUCGCAUCGCAUUGCUGUGAAUCGCUCUUUGUCUAUGCCGCACCUUUCGUCACUGCAGAGCUGCUGUACCCAAAUGCCCCUGCCAACAAACCCGACGAGUCAAAUCCUGACGAGGUCUAUGUCUCCAUGGAGAACCUAUUCCUCCACACCCUAGCUGAGCUAGAUGGCAAUCUUCCUUUCAUGAUGACAGACCGAUAUGCUUCGCAUACUUUACGGACGCUGCUAUUGGUUCUCGCUGGCGAGCCGGUCUCAAAGAAGAUGGAAGGCAAGCGUGGUCGGAGUCAUAAGCCCGCAGAGGCACUAUCAUUCUUGAACUUGAAGGAUGAAGCCCCGGAAGUCACCGAGGAAGCACCUAAGACACGAUCUGUUCCAGAAAGUUUCUCUACCGCACUAGAAAAGACCAUCAGCGGAAGCAUCGCCGGUUUUGACACACCUAAGCUUCGUGCUCUUGCCACCCACCCUAUCGCUUCACCUACUCUCCAAGUCCUUCUUCGAAUCGAGAUGACCCACUAUGGGAAAGCGCGUGCCAAGGAUGUCAACUCGAUCAUGCAUACCCUUCUACCGGACGACCCAUUCACUGCCGAAUGUGAAAGCGCUGCGUUCCUGAGCGGUCUCGUCUAUGACACUGUUGGUGUUCAUCUCGUGGAGGCAAUCAUCCGGUGGGCGCCUGCCAAGCUUUUCAAAAAGCUCUACCAUACUAUGUUCAAAGAGCGCCUCGCUGCAUAUGCCCGCAACGAAAUCGCAACAUACAUCGACUGCCGUAUCCUAGAACGUCUCGGUUAUGACGAUCUCAUGGACGCUCACGAAAUCAUCGCACCGCUUGUGCCGAUGUUGUGUGAGCGGAAAUGGACAGCACUGACCCGAACGCUGAUCGAACGCUGCACAGCUCGCAAGAUCGACACGCAGGCAAUCGCCGUGCAAUUAGACGAAGCAUUCCAAGGAUCUGAUGGAAACUUCGACGUCUAUCGUAUGCUGUUCAUCGAUGCUGAGAAUGCAUCUCAAUCGAUAAGCCAAUCUGCCAUACCCGAUGAGCCUUCCAAAGCCGUCACCACAACCUCCAAAGAGACCCCAACUGGCGUCAUUCCUGCAGCGCAAACUCCCAACCCAGUCCAUGACCCGGCUGCGGCUGCCUUCUCACAACCGGUUCAAGGCGCCCAAAUGCACUUCAACCUCCUCGCCCAGGCCAUGCUCAUCGUUCCCGGAAGUCUAUCCGCUCUGAUAAUCGACAGCCUCAUCAUGGCACCCCCUCCACUUCUGAUCCGCAUGGCGCACGACCCGAUAGUCACACGUACCCUCCAACAAGCUCUCACCACCGCAAACGCCAGCAUCAUCCAACGCCGCAAACUCAUCCAGCCCUUCUACGGCACCAUCGGCGCCAUGGCCCUAGACAAAGCCGCCAGCCACGUUGUCGACUGCAUCUGGGUCGGCACGCACGGCCUCGCCUUCAUCCGCGAGCGCAUCGCCGAAGAACUCGCCGAGAACGAGGCCAGCCUGCGCGCCUCGCCCUGCGGUCGUGCCGUCUGGAAAAAUUGGAAAAUGGACGUCUACCAGCGACGCCGUCCAGCCUGGGUGCGCUACUCGAAAAUCAAAGCCAGCAACGACGGUUUCCAAAGUUUCUCUGAACUCGACCAGCAGACGACCACCACCACCGACUCCGCCCGUGCAACUCCCGCCCACGCCCCCUCUUCCUCUGUCGCAGGCACGCCAACCGCCAAUGGCGCCGUUGGAGAAACCGGCGUCUUCAAAACCCCCCUGCAAAUGGCCCGCGAGCGCCACGCGAAGGGCAAAGCCAAGGAGCGCGCCCAGAAGGAACAGCAACCACACCUCGCCCGCCCAGCCGCUCCGGAUGAUGACGCUGCUCCGCCUUCUUCACGGCCUCAGAGCGGAGCUUCGUCGUCUUCGAAGAGGAGGAAAACUUCGGCGGCGCCGGCCUCGGGAGCAAACGCUACUGCUCCGACGAAGAGGGAGGGUAGUACUCGCAGCGGUGGCGCCGUGAAGGCUAUCUAGGUUCCGCUCCUGGUUUCCAUUCCGGAAAUGGGGAUCGCUGGCCUGGGCCUUUUUUUAGACUGUCAGAAGGGAAUGAGGGCCUAUGGAAAUAGAGUCCCUCGACGAUGCUCGCUGUUGUGACAACGAAAAGUCCGUUCCGAUGGCGAUGAGUUGAGGAGGGAGAAGAUUGAAAAAAAAUGGGGAAGGAUUUUCUUUCUUGUACCUCUUAACACCUUUUUAAUGAUAUGACCAAAUAUAGAUGAGAUUGACAC